AUGUACGCCAAGUUUGGGAAUUUCGCGAGCAGCAUCGCGCAGACGGGACAACGGUUUUCGUGGCAGAGAUGUAGGUACAUGGCGCAGCAGUGGCGGGAUCGCUGGUCGUGGUACCGCUUCUGGCAAAUCAGGUACGGAUCUUCCUCGAACGCAUAAGCUGCACUGUAGACAUUUUUGCACUUUGAGUGCGCUCUGGUGAAGAUGCAAAUACCUCUGUGAGUCGUGUUAAUAUGUAGUGAGGUCACCGAACGGUUCUAACCAGGGAGUUUUUUUGACAGCCAGACAGCAAAACGGCCGUCAGUUUUCAAGCGGCCGGAAGCGUUUUUUGACAUAAAAAAUUUCCAAUUAUCAAGCGGGCGGGGCUUUGAAGUCAAACAAGCCCGGUCGAAAACUAUCGAUUCGCACUUGAUAAAACGACGCAGGGGAGCCGGCAAAAGGGGCGCCCUUCUGAGGCGCCCACCGCCUUGAUUUCUGGCGGUUUGGGCCGCCAAAAAAGGGGCACGCAAAAAACUCGCCCAAAAUCAGAACAGCGAAACAGCAUGGCACGGCCGCGAUUUCGGAGCAUUUUGGGCGGCCGCGAAAGCGGCCGCCUUUUCGCCGGUUUCAGAGCCUGGGAAGCUUUGCAAAAAGCGCCGGCGAGGAAAAUAAAGACGCAAAAAAGAAAAAGCGCGCCAGACGCGCAGAGCCAAUCCGCAUGCUACGGGCCCGAUUUUUCCUCGCUUUUUGGACGCCCCCCGUGGCGCCCGGAUCGGCCCCAUAGCAUGGGGGCUGGCUUUCGGAAAGGAAUUUCGGAAAUUUGCCAAAAUUUGCGACGCUUACCAAGCGGCCGCCAUACCGUGCGGCCUAACGUUACUCACGGCGGUAUGGCGAGCCCAGAAAAAGCAAAGCCGCGGCCAAGGCGACGGCCGGCAAGAAAACGCCCACGACCUCACUACCCCCGCCCCGGCGGCUAUAUUUGGUUUGCUAUUGGAUCUUUUUCCGUAGGCGAUGAAUGAUUUUCUCUGAAGCGGAAUGUUGCUUUGGGCGAUUAUAUCACAGAGAAAAUUUCUGGGAAGGAUGUACUUACGUGAUCAUCGGGGGGUGCGUCCUCUGCAGCGCCUUCUCGUUGUUCGAGGUCCUGCGGCUACAGCGCAACAACAUCCAGCGCAUGUGGAUUGCGUACGUGCGGAAGGAGCGCGAGCGGUCCGAGUUGAUGGAAAUCAUCAAGCAGGCACGUGCUGCGGGCCUCAUACCGCCCACCGAAAACGAAAUGCAGUGACGGAUAUUUUUCGAUCUCUGGUACGCAACAGGAUAUGAUAAACUCUCAUACUUGCAAAACCACUCUGCACUUUUGACAUCACCAGAAGGGUCUGGACAUUGAUUCUUACAGCAGCAUGCGGGGCUGUGACAGAAAAACAAAUGCUGACUGGACGGCGCCCCGAGGUGCUGAAAAACAAAAAAGUAGACCUGACUCUCCGUCACGUUGGGUGGUUUUCAGUAGAGCAU